AUGAAUGACCGACUCAAAGAAGCACUUAAAAGAAUUGAAGAUCACGAGAUCAGGUUGACAAAGCAGGAAGAAAAAGUUAUUGAUUUUGAUAAAAUAAGCGAUAUAUCUAUUUGUGAUAAAAUGAAAGGCUGUGAUGAAUUUGAAAAGUUUAAAAGUGAUGUGAUGAAGGACUGUGAAAUGAAGUGGAAUGAUAUUGAGAAAAAAGAAAAAAAUAAAUGCAAGUUGCUAGAAGAAUUAGGAGUUGAAGUAGAAAAUUUCAGAGAAAAUUUGAAAGAUAUGGAUGCAAAAGUGGAUAAGGUUGAUAUCGAUGUGAAAAAUCAAUUGAAUGCCUUUAGAUUGAACUUAAUAUCAAAGAAUGAGCUGAAAGAUAUAAGGGAAUUAUUUAAGUCAACAAAAGAUCAACUUCAGAAUCUUACUGUAGAGUGCUCUUCUAUAAAUGAAUUAGCUGAAAAAAUUAGUAAAACUGAUAAAAAAUGUGAUAAAACUAUUAACUCCCCCCCCCCCCUCCGUGAGCGAACAAAACCAUUAGAAAAAUCGCCAUUUUUUGACCAAAAAACCCACCCUCCGUGAGUGAACAAAAAUUUUUUUAAAUAGAAAAAAUUUUAAUGGAAAAAAAUUUUGAUAUAUAAGUGAUAAUUAGUAUAAUGAAAUCUAGAGCUAAUUCUGUUUAAUUUUAAACAAAUUGCGUUUUAAACAUAAAUUUUGCAAAUUAAAUUAAUAUUUGCUUCCCAAUUUUUUGCAAAUUAGGAUUUUUUUUAAAUUUCGAAAAAAUAUUUUUUAUAAAAUUUAUAUAUAAAUUUUUUUUUUAAAAAAAAAAAAUAACCCCCCUCCGUGAGCGAACAAAAUUUUUUUGUUCGCUCACGGAGGGGGGGGGGGAGUAAGCAGUUUUCAAAGAUAAAUUUAGUGCAAGAAGAGUUCAAUGUAAAAUUGAAAUCUCUACAAGAUUCACUAACUGCCCAUAAUAGCGAAAUCAAUAAGACAAGUGUUUAUUUCCAAAAGCUUCAAAAAGAACUAUUUUCAAGACUUGGCAAUAUCGAGUCCAAAAUAAUCGAUUUCGAGUCUUACAUAACUUAGAUUAUCGAUUAGCUCCCCACCAGCCAUAAUGCCUUUUCGCACCCGUUUGAUGGUCAGGCUGCCAACUAAGAUGAAACUAUAACCCAGGGGUGCAGCUCAUGUAUAGCGCUGGGGAAAUGCCCGAUCGGCCAAGCGACCACUUCUAGCCUUGCUGUGCUAUCCCUUUCCAGCUUCCAAGUUCCAUCUCUCAACGAAGCAAAAAAUUAAUCUGAAGUUGAGCUCUAGGUCUAUCAGCACGAUGCUGCUAUCCCACCAAGUCAACAAAUACCUGGCCGAGCACACUCAUCACAUGCUGCUCUCCAUUGAGCGAGGUUGCCAGACUUGCGUAUGGCUACAGACGCUAAGAAGGGGCAGAUUACUGAUUCUUCACGCUAUUUAUGUAUAUCGAUUUCGAGUCAAAUAGACACGAAAUUAGCAUUUUAGCUGAAAAUUUUGAAAAAAGAUUCACUAUUUCAGAUGAGAAAAUCUCCAACAAAUUCAAUGACUUUGAGCAGUUUAUUUCCUCGUUAAAAUCAACAGAAACGAACUUAGAAACUCGUCUUCAAGUACUCGAGGCAGGAAAAGCACAAAUAGAUGAGCUGAGGGAAGAAUUGUCAAAAACUCUUAAACAGUUCCAUAUAAAUGAUGAUAGUGGAGAAGAAUUAAAUAUCUUGAAAACAGAAAGAGAAUCCAACUUAAAGCGAAGUUCAAUAAAAGAUCCCUUUUCACCUGAUAUAUCAUUUAGUAAUGGCGAUAGCCAAGUAAUGAGCGAAAGACUUGACAAAAUUGAAAAAAUAAUUAUUCAUAAAAGAGCCAUUCAAUCUUCUUUUCAAUCUCCAACAGCCACACUUCGACCACAUUUCAGAUCUCCAAAGCAAGAUGAGUUAUCUGAAUAUUUGCCAGGUGAAGCAGAAAGUUUAGUGAUGCAUGCAAUUUUACAAAAUACAAACAGGGAAAAAUUUUAUGAUAAUGAGCAGUUUAAAUUAAAAUCAUCAAGCCUGUCAAGCUUUUCUCCAAGGGCAACUGAUCGUUUUCCAAGUCUUGAGCUGAAAGAAAGCCUAAGAAUAAGAGGGUUUAAUAUAAGGUAA